AUGACUAGCAAAACGUGGUCCGGGAAGCUUGUCCAAGUCCGGGCCAACUACCACAAACAGAAGACGUUUGAUGGCCCAUAUGUCGUGCACCUGCUCCUGCAUGCUGCGAAUGAGGUGCGCCAGGGCAUUCGUCGUGUGACUCCAGCCCGCAUUGCCGAGGCAGCGGAUGCCAUCGACACGUAUUUGGCUGAACGAUCGGACGUGCGCGUAGGCGGUAUAGCGAGGACACACUGGGCGAUUAACCAAGCUCGCCAGCCCCACAACGCAGGAGUAUCUUUACCGGAGAGUGCCACGUUUCGGCAGAUGCUAUGA